AUGUUUGAAGACAAAGCUGUUUCAUAUCUUCCUAAUUCUGAUGGACUCGAAAGAGUUUUAUUCGAAAUUGAAGCUGAUCCUAGAGUCAGCAGUGAUAAACCAUUUGCUAAUAUCAAAUCACUAAGUUAUGAUCAAGAAGACGAAAUACUUUUUAUGUUAGGAUCGAUUUUUCAAAUCGUUCAAGUUUGGUCUGAUAAUCAAGAAAUAUGGCGAGUUCGAUUAAAAUUAUACUCUGAGAAGAGUGAACAAAUUGAUUUAAGUCGUGACAAAAAUCAACUUCUUUCAUUUGGUCAUGUACUUAUGACAAUGGGUAAAGUUGAAGAAGCAAAGAUUUAUUAUCAACGUUUACUUGAUGGAUUAUCAUAUGAUCAUCCAGAUAGAGCUCGUUGUUAUGAAGCACUUGGAAGUAUAGCUGAUGAACAAGGUGAUUAUGAGACUAGUCUUCAAUUAUACAAUGAAUCUCUUAAUAUCAAUAUAAGCAAAGGAGGUAGACAAGAUUCAGAUGCUGCAUCGAAUUAUAAUAGUAUUGGAGAAAUUUAUCGAAAGAAAGGUGAUGAUGUUAAAGCACGCGAAUAUUAUGAUAAAGCAUUAGAAGCGUUAGGAAAAGAUCCAGCAGGCAAAGCGCUUGCAAAACAAGCUGUAUGCUACAACAAUAUUGGUAUUGUCUAUCAAGAAAAAAAGCAAUACAAAGAAGCACUUGACUAUUAUAACAAAGCAUUUGAAAUACGCAAAAAGUAUUUUCCAUCUGAUGAAACAUCUUUAGGCAUGUCGUACAAUAAUAUUGGCAAUGCUUAUUAUUUACUUAGACUUUAUGAAGAUGCGAUAUUUUUUUACCAAGAAGCUCUCAAAAUCUAUAAAAAAACUCUUCCUCCACAACAUCCAAAAUUUGCAUCGACUUAUAAUAAUAUAGGUGCCAUCUAUGAUGACGGGGGAAAAUUCAAUGAUGCCUUAAUUUCAACGAUGCCUCAAGAGAACGGACAUCGGUCUGCUCGCUCAUCACGUUUACAUAAUAAUGUAAAUCAAAAUGAUAAUGGAACUGAUAAAGCUACUCCCAAUCGAGAAGUAAGAGAACGUGGAUAUUAUUCUGAAUUAGCAACAAUUAAUCCGGAUUCAAAAUUUGAAGUUGCUAGACAAGUACCUAUUGCACAUGAUGAUGUUCUACGUGAAACAUUUCGUUUAUCAAAUACAGCUCGAGCAAGUGUCUUCGAUUUACAAGGAAUCGAUGUUGCACAAUUAUUAGCUAAUAGUAGACAAGGAGAAUUUACUACAGAAUUCAAACGAAGUGAUGUAUAUUUGGAAAAAACAAUUGAACCAAAAGUAUUUAUGCCAUUUUAUACGGCACCAUAUACAUUACCAAGAAAAGUUGAAAUUGAAAGACGAAAACGUCUUUUUCUUUCACUUGAUUUACCAACCUUACUUGAAGAACGACAUAUUGAUACAAAUAAACUUAUGCCUAAAUAUGUACCAGCUGAUCAAAUUGUUACAUUAAAUAUUCCAAACGAAGAUCCAGCACCAUUUGAUUCAUUUUUACCAUUACAUUAUUUUGAUGAUACUGAUUUUGAAAUUUGGACAUCAGAAGCUUGGCUUGCUUUAGGUCAUGAUCCAUUGACUGGUUUAAAUAAACCAUUACCUGGUAUUGCACUUUUACCUAAUGUACCAGCAUCUGAAAUUUAUGAUAUAAAAGAUAGUAAUUUACAUUUUAAUUGGAGAAAUGUGAGUAUUCAUGAUUAUGACACUGAAAAACAAUUAUGGCUUGUCACAACUGAUGAUAGAGAACAUAAUGUAUUUGAUAUGUACCGACCAAGCAAACGAAGUCGUAAACAGAUGGAAGCUAUUGAAGGAAAACGACAAACACCAGAAAACGCAGCCUCAAAUGGUCACAGUAGUCAUCAUUCAAGCCGUAGUCAUGGUCGUUAUUGGGUACCACGUGUUCAAUUAUGCUUUCUUGCUGAAGAUCCACGUAUAUUUGCUGAUCGUGUUGCUAAAGCAUAUCGUGAUCGAAAACGUACGGAAGCUGAACUUCGUUCGGCAUUAUUUAUUGAUUGUAUGCCAAUUGAUGGUAUUGGUAAACUUGAUGAUGAACGUAUAAAACGAAUGAUUGAAUUAACAAAAACAAGUGCUAUAUCAAAAACAGUUAAAGAUGAAUAUGUGACACCAAUAGUUGAAGAAGUAAAUCUUGAUUAUGCUCGUACAAUGAAUUCAAUGAUAUUUGAAGAAGUUACACAAUCAGAUCCAAUAUCAUUUGCAUUUAUUACAUUACCAAUAAAACAACGUCGAGGUGUACCACGUACUGCUUGUGUUGACAUACCUGAAUAUUCAUUUAAUGAAGUUUUUGAUCAAUUUAAAUUUAUUUCAUUAUUAACAUCAAAACCAGCUAUUGAUGCUUUAAAACUUGUUCGAACUGAAUGUGAUUAUGUUAUUAAUAAUCUAAGUUUAUUACAAAAAACUAUUCCAAAACAUGUUAAACUUGAUGAAUUCGAAAGCAUGCAAUUUAAUCAAACAUCAACAACACAUAUGUAUUUAACUGAUACAUGGAAAAAUAAUCUUCGACAAGGUAUUAAAACAAAAUUUAUUGAUGUUGGACGUGGAUGGUAUAAUAUAAAUGAAUCUGAUUUUCACAUAUAUCAAGUAUCAAAAUUAAAAAAAUUCAUUGAACGUGUUAAAUUUAUGAUGCAAGAUACACUCCGUUUUCUUGUACAAGAUUCAUGUCAAAAUUAUGUUCGAAUGAUAAUAGAUGCAUGUUCACCUGUUUUAAAUAUGAAAGAAGGUUUUAAAUGGCCACAAAAUGAUUUAAUUAAUAGUCCAUAUAAACCACCAAAAAACCCAUUAUUUCAUUUGGAUAUAACUAUUGAUCAAGUUGGUCCUCGUUAUAUGACAUCAUAUGAAAGUUUUUCUAAUCUUAUUUUGGGUGCAUUUGAUCGUGCUAUUGUACAAACACAAGCUAUACCACAAAUUGAAAAAGAUAUAAUGGAAAAUAUUUUUUGGGGUGGUGAAAUGUUAAAAUUAGAAUCAGUUGCUUUACAAGAAAAUAAAGUUAUUGAAUGGAGAGAAACUUUACAAAAAGCUGUUCAAGCUUCACUUAUACCAUUAAAAGCUUAUGCUGAAGCUUAUGAACCUUAUGUAGCAUUAAUGAAUCUUAAUACUGAUAACUAUAUAAAAGAUUUUGAAAAAACAGAAAAAUCCAUUGAAGAAUAUCGAAAUGAAAUUUUAAUGCAUGUACGUGAAAAAGAUAAACUUGAAAAAAAUAUUCCCGUAUCAAUUGUUAUUGGUCCUUAUUAUGUAUUUGCACAAAAAUUACGUGAAGCUUUAUCAAAUAAAAGAAAAUUAUUAAUUGAAGCUUUAUUAUUAAGUCAAACACGAAAAGCAAGAACAAAAACAGAAGAAUUAAAUGAUACAUUUCGUGAUAUUCAACGGAAAUUAUUUGAAAAAGCAAAUACAGCUGAAGAUUUAUCUGAACACCGAGAAUGGAUGAAAUCAGUACCAGAACAAUUAGAUGAUAAAAAAGAUGAUAUACAUAAAGUACUUGAUGAAUUUACAAUGCUAGAUGAAUUUUAUUAUAAUUUAAGCAAUGAAGAUUUUGCUAUGAAAUAUGGUCUCUUAGCAUGGUCAUGGAAAAUUCGAACAAUGCUUGAACAAGUUGAAGAACAACAUAAAGAAGAUGAAGAAAGAUUUAAAAAAUUACAAGUGCAAGAUACUGCAGCACUUAAUGAUAAAAUGGAUCAACUUACAAUGUCUGUUGCUGGUCUCUCAGCACAUACGAGUAUUGAACGAGCUCAUGAAGUGGCUAAUGAAUGUCGUAAACUUAAUAAAGCACUUAAAGAAUGUCAAGAAUCAGCACAAACAUAUAAUAAUCGUGAACGUUUACUUGGUUUACCUGUAACUAAUUACGAAAAAUUGGCUAAACUUCUUAAAGAUUUUGAACCAUAUCGUGUUCUUUGGUCAACAGCAUCUGAUUGGCUUCGUUCACAUGAUAGUUGGAUGAAUGAUCCCAUUAUUUCAGUCAAUGCUGAAGAUAUUGAAAAGAAUGUUACUGAAAUGUAUAAAAAUAUGCAUAAAUCCAUCAAAACCUUUACAGACAAUGAAGGUAUUCAACAGAUUGCAUUAACAGUUAAAGGUCAAAUUGAAGAUUUCAAACCUUCAAUUCCAUUAAUACAAGCAUUACGUGCGCCUGGUAUGCGCAAUCGACAUUGGGAAGAGCUUUCAGAAUUGGUUAAAAUGCCUGUGCGACCAAAGAAAGAAUUAACAUUUUCGAAAUGUUUAGAAAUGGGUUUACAAAAAUAUAUUGAUAUGAUAUCAAAAGUAGCUGAAAAAGCUGGAAAAGAAUUUUCUAUUGAACAACAACUUGAUAAAAUGGAAAAUGAAUGGAAAUCUGUACGAUUUGAUGUUUUACCAUAUAAACAAACUGGUACAUUUAUAAUAAAAGCAUCUGAAGAAAUAUCACAAAUGCUUGAUGAUCAUAUUGUUGCUACACAAUCAAUGUCAUUUUCACCAUUUAAAAAAGCAUUUGAAGAACGUAUUGCUGCAUGGGAAAAUAAAUUAAAAAUUACACAAGAAGUUUUAGAUGAAUGGCUUGCUUGUCAACGUUCAUGGCUGUAUCUUGAACCAAUUUUUUCAUCGGAAGAUAUUAUUCGACAAUUACCUGUUGAAUCAAAACGAUAUCAAACAAUGGAACGUAUAUGGCGUAAAGUAAUGAAACAAGCUAAAGAUAAUCCUGAAGUUAUAUCAUUAUGUCCUGAAGCACGUUUACGUGAUAAUUUACGUGAAGCUAAUAAAUUACUUGAACAAGUACAAAAAGGUUUAAGUGAAUAUUUAGAAACAAAACGUAUGGCAUUUCCAAGAUUUUAUUUCUUAUCUGAUGAUGAAUUACUUCAAAUUUUAUCACAAACAAAAGAUCCUAAAGCUGUUCAACCACAUUUAAGAAAAUGUUUUGAAAAUAUUACUAAAGUUAAAUUUGAAGAUGAUAUGCGUAUUUCAAAAAUGUAUUCAGCUGAACAAGAAGAAGUUGACUUUCGAAAAGAUAUAUAUCCAGUUGGUAAUGUUGAAGAUUGGAUGUGUGAAAUUGAACGAGUUAUGCGUGAAACAUUACGACAAAUUAUUCACGAUGCGUUAGAAGAUUAUGUAACACGACCACGUAAAACAUGGGUUCAAUAUUGGCCAGGUCAAGUUGUUGUAGCUGGUUCACAAACAUUUUGGACUAAACAAGUAUCUGAAGCAUUACAAAAAAGAGAAAUUCAGAAAUAUCAUAAACAACAAUUAAAUGAAUUAGAUGAACUUCGAGAAUUAGUACGUGGAGAAUUGACAGAUAAUGCACGUGAAACAUUAAAAGCAUUAAUUGUUAUUGAAGUACAUGCACGUGAUGUUGUUAUUAAUCUUCUUGAAGAAAAAGUUAUGGAUGUAAAUGAUUUUGAAUGGAUAUCACAGUUACGUUAUUAUUGGAAUGAAGAUCAUUUAUAUAUACGUGCUGUCAACGCUGAAUUUCGAUAUGGUUAUGAAUAUUUAGGUAAUACACCACGAUUGGUUAUUACUCCAUUAACAGAUCGAUGUUAUUUAACAUUAACUGGUGCUUUACAUUUGAAAUUUGGUGGUGCACCAGCUGGACCUGCUGGUACAGGAAAAACUGAAACAACAAAAGAUUUAGCCAAAGCUAUGGCUGUACAAUGUGUCGUAUUUAAUUGUUCGGAUCAAUUAGAUUUUAUGGCAAUGGCUAAAUUUUUUUGUGGUCUAGCAAGUUCUGGAGCAGUUGCGUGUUUUGAUGAAUUUAAUCGUAUUGAUAUUGAAGUAUUGAGCGUUAUUGCUAAUCAAAUAGCGACAAUACUUCGUGCACUUCAUUUACGGGCUGAACGAUUCAUGUUUGAAGGAAAAGAAAUUGUACUCAAACAAUCCUGUGCUGUAUUUAUUACAAUGAAUCCAGGUUAUGCUGGCCGUACUGAAUUACCUGACAAUCUUAAAGCUCUAUUUCGACCAGUUGCUAUGAUGGUUCCUGAUUAUGGUCUUAUUGCUGAAAACUCUCUAUUUUCAUUUGGUUUUUCGGAUGCUAAACCAUUAGCUAAAAAGAUUGUACAAACAUUUAAAUUAUCAUCAGAACAAUUAAGUUCACAAGAUCAUUACGAUUUUGGUAUGCGGGCUGUCAAAUCAGUUAUAUCAGCAGCUGGUAAUUUAAAACGGCAAUAUUCAAAUAUGAAUGAGGAUUUAAUUUGUCUGCGAGCUAUUCGUGAUGUUAAUAUUCCCAAGUUUCUUCAAGAUGAUUUGAAAUUAUUUACUGGUAUUGUUUCUGAUCUUUUCCCGAAAAUUAAAGAAGAACCUAUUGAUUAUCAAAUACUCGAAGAAGGUUUACGCCAUGCAUGUAAACAACUUAAAAUUAAAGAUGUACCUGGAUUUUUACUUAAAUGUAUUCAAUUAUUCGAAACUACUAUUGUUCGACACGGUCUAAUGCUUGUCGGUCCGACUGGUUCUGGAAAAACGAAAAGUUAUGAAUCCUUACAAAUUGCUAUGACACAUAUGAAAGGAAAAACCAAUCCAGCUGGUUCACCAUUCAAACCUGUUCACACUUAUGUACUCAAUCCAAAAUCUAUUACUAUGGGUCAAUUAUACGGUGCAUUCGAUGAUUUAACACAUGAAUGGACUGAUGGUAUACUUUCAACAUUAAUGCGGCACGGUGUUGCUGCAGAAAAUGAUGAUAAACGAUGGUAUAUAUUUGAUGGGCCUGUUGAUGCUGUAUGGAUUGAAAAUAUGAAUACUGUAUUAGAUGACAAUAAAAAAUUAUGUUUAAGUAGUGGUGAAAUUAUCAAAAUGACUGAAGCUAUGACAAUGAUGUUUGAAGUAGCUGAUUUAUCUCAAGCAUCACCAGCUACUGUGUCACGUUGUGGUAUGGUUUAUUUAGAACCAUCGAUACUUGGUCUACAACCAUUUGUUGAAUGUUGGCUUAAAUCUUUACCUGAUGCUGUAUUUAAAUAUUAUGAUACGAUUAAGCAAUUAUUUGAUACUUAUCUUGAAGCAUCAAUAAAAUUUAUACGAAAAAAUGUUAAAGAAAUUAUUCCAACAUAUGAUAGUAAUUUAACAUUUAGUUUAAUUAAAAUGCUUGAUUGUUUUAUUCAACCAUUUCGACCACGAGAAAAAGGUCAACGUCAAGGACGCUCCGAUAAACCAGCACCACCUGAAGCUUUUGAACGUGUAGGUGAAUUACUUGAACCAUGGUUUAUCUUUUCACUUAUUUGGUCUGUUGGUGCUUCAUGUGAUAAUGAUUCACGUCGAAAAUUUUCAGAAUGGCUACGAAAGAAAUUUGAACAUAGCCCGAUUAAAAUUCCAAUUCCAGAUGAUGGACUUGUUUAUGAUUAUGUUUUUGAUGAUGGUGGUAUUGUAUCACCACCAGAAGACAAAACUGGUGAAGAAGAAAGUAGUGAUGAAAGUAAAAAACGUCGACCUCGUUGGAAACAUUGGUUAGCUGAUUUACCACCAUAUCAGAUACCAAAUGAUGCUAAAUAUUCAGAUAUACUUGUACCAACAAUUGAUAAUAUUCGUAAUGCAUAUAUUAUUGAAAUGCUUCUACGUAUGGAUCGUCCAGUUCUAUGUGUUGGACCAACAGGAACAAGCAAAACAUUAACUGUUGCUGAUAAACUUAUGCGUUCCAUGCCAAAAGAAUUUAGUCCGGAAUUUAUUGUUUUUUCAGCUAAAACAAAUGCUAAUCAAACACAAGAUUUAAUUGAUUCGAAAUUAGAUAAAAGACGUCGUGGUAUAUAUGGUCCACCACUUGGCAAAGUAUUUCUUUUCUUUAUUGAUGAUCUUAAUAUGCCAGCAUUAGAAACUUAUGGUGCACAACCACCUAUUGAAUUAAUUCGACAAUAUAUGGAUUUUAAAGGAUGGUAUGAUCGAAAAGUUGUUGGUGAAUUUCGUACUUUAGUUGAUAUAAAUUUUGUUUGUGCUAUGGGUCCACCAGGUGGUGGUCGCAAUCCUGUCACACCUCGUUUAACACGUCAUUUUAAUUUUCUUUCAUUUACUGAACUUGAAAAUGAUAGUAUGAAAAAAAUUUUUUCAACUAUAUUUAAUUGGUGGUCAAGACAAAAUGAAUUUUUAUUAAAUAUUAGUGAUAAAUUAAUUAUGUCAUCAAUUGAAGUAUAUAAAACAGUUUGUGCAUCAUUAUUACCAACACCAAGCAAAUCACAUUAUACAUUUAAUCUUCGUGAUUUAUCAAAAGUUUUUCAAGGAAUGUUAAUGAUGGAAUCAAAAAAAGUCGAUAGUGUUGAAAAUCUUCUUUGUUUAUGGUAUCAUGAAAAUUGUCGUGUAUUUCAAGAUCGUUUAAUUAAUGAUGAAGAUCGAGAUUGGUUUCGUUCAUUACUUGGUGAACGUAUGGUAGCUGAUUUUCAUGUCAAUUUUAAUGAUGUUGUACAAGAACCAGUACUUUAUGGAGAUUUUGUUGCUCAUAGUGGUGAUCGAGCUUAUCAAAAAAUAGAUGAUUUAAAAGUGAUGAGAAAACGUUUAGAUGAUUAUUUAGAAGAAUAUAAUCAAGUUAAUGUUGCUAAAAUGAAUUUAGUAUUAUUUAUGGAUGCAAUGAAACAUAUUUCGAGAAUUAUACGUAUUAUUAAACAACCACUUGGCAAUGCAUUAUUAUUAGGUGUUGGAGGUUCUGGACGACAAUCACUUACACGACUUGCUGCAUUCAUUGCCGAAUAUGAAAUUCGUUCGAUUCAAUUAUCAAAAAGCUAUGGUAUAACCGAAUGGAAAGAUGAUUUAAGAAAAUUUAUGCUACAUGCUGGUCUUCGUAAUACAGCAACUGUUUUUCUCUUUUCCGAUACACAAAUCAAAAGUGAAUCAUUUCUUGAAGAUCUUAAUAAUAUAUUAAAUAGUGGUGAUGUACCAAAUAUAUAUCAAUUUGAUGAACUUGAACAAAUUUAUACAGCAAUGAAACCUGUUGUAUCUGAAGCAGGUUUACCACCAACAAAAACUAAUCUUUAUUCAGCUUAUACAAAACGUGUCCGACAAAAUCUUCAUAGUGUUGUUUGUAUGAGUCCUAUUGGUGAAGUUUUUCGUGCACGACUUCGUCAAUUUCCUGCAUUAGUCAAUUGCUGUACAAUUGAUUGGUAUUCUGAAUGGCCGAAAGAUGCAUUAGAAGCUGUUGCUGAAACUUAUUUAAAUAAUAUGCCAACAUUAGAAGCUGAUGAUAGUGUUGUUAGUGGUCUAGUUAAAUUAUGUCAAGAAAUUCAUCAAUCUGUAGCACAUAUGACUAACAAAUAUCGUGAAGAAAUGAGUCGAUAUAAUUAUGUUACACCAACAUCAUAUCUUGAAUUAUUAAAUAUAUUUUCAAAAAUUUUUGGUAAAAAGAAAGAUGAAUUAGUUUUCGCUAAAAAACGUACAAAAACUGGCUUAGAUAAAUUAUUAGCAACAGAAAAAGAUGUUGCUAAAUUACGUGUUGAAUUAAAUGAAAUGUUACCAUUACUUGAUCAAGCUGUACAUGAAACAAAUGAAACAAUGGCUAAAAUAGCUGAAGAUACAACAAAUACGGAAGUAAUAAAAACAAAAGUAGCUAGUGAAGAAGAACAAGUUUUAAAAAAAGUACAAGAAACACGUGCUAUUGCAAGUGAAGCAUCCGAUCGUUUAGCUGAGGCUCUGCCAGCACUUGAAGCUGCAUUACAAAGUCUUGAAGUUUUAUCGAAAAAUGAUAUUAAUGAAGUACGUGCAUUACAACGACCACCACCAGGUGUCAAAUUAACAAUGGAAGCUGUUUGCAUAUUAAAACAAGUUGAACCAUUAAAAGUACCUGUACCGAAUAAACCAGGUAAAAAAGAAGAUGACUAUUGGGAACCAGGUCGUGGUUUAUUAGGUGAUGCUGGAAAAUUUCUUCAAUCAUUAAGAGACUUUGAUAAAGAAAAUAUUCCAGAAAUUGUUAUACAAAAAUUACAAAAACAUAUUGAUAGUCCUGAUUUUGAUCCAAUUAAAAUAGAAAAAACUUCAAAAGCAUGUAAAUCAUUAUGUAUGUGGAGUCGAGCUAUGUAUUCAUUUUAUAUGAUUAAUAAAGAAGUUGCACCACGUAAAGAAGCAUUAGCUAAUGCUGAAUCUGAAUUAGCUGUUGUUAAAGAAGAAUUAGCAACUAAAAAACGUGAAUUAAAAAAAUUAGAAGAAGGUUUAAGAACAUUACAAGUUAAAUAUGAAGAUGCUGUUAGAAAAAAAAAUGAAUAUGAAACUAAAGUUGAUGAAUGUAAUCAACGAAUUGUUCGAGCUGAACGUCUAACGACUGGCCUUGGGGAUGAAAAAGUUCGUUGGCAAGAAAAUGUCUCAAUGCUUGAUCAUUCAUUAGAAAAUGUUAUUGGUGAUGUACUUGUAUCAUCAGGUUUCGUUGCUUAUCUUGGUCCAUUUACUGCUGAAUAUCGUGAUAAUAUGGUUAAAGAAUGGAUAACUAAAUUAACAGCAUAUCAAGUUCCACAUACUGAACAUCCUGAAUUAGUUCGUGUACUUGGUGAUGCUGUUAAAAUUCGUAAUUGGCAAUUAGCUGGUUUACCCAAAGAUAAUUUAUCUGUACAAAAUGGUGUUAUUGUUCAAUAUUCAAAUCGUUGGUCUUUAUUUAUUGAUCCUCAAGGACAAGCUAAUAAAUGGAUUAAAAAUAUGGAAAAGAAUACUGGUCUUGAUGUAAUGAAAUUAUCUGAUCGUGAUUAUUUACGUACACUUGAAAAUUCAAUUCGUUUUGGUAAACCUUGUUUAUUAGAAAAUGUUGGAACUGAUAUGGAUCCUGCUCUUGAACCUGUUCUUUUAAGACAAACAUAUCGUCAAUCGGGUAGUACAGUUAUUAAAUUAGGUGAUGCUGUUAUACCAUAUCAUGAUGAUUUUCGUUUUUAUAUUACAACUAAAUUACCUAAUCCACAUUAUUCACCUGAAAUAUCAGUUAAAGUAACAUUAGUUAAUUUUACAUUAUCUCCAAGUGGUUUGGAAGAUCAAAUGUUAGCUCGUGUUGUUGCUGAAGAACGUCCAGAUUUAGAAGAAAUGAAAAAUACAUUAAUUAUUUCAAAUGCAACUAUGCGUAAUGAAUUAAAAGCAUUAGAAGAUACAAUACUUGAAAAAUUAAGUACAAGUGAAAAUCCUGUUGAUGAUAUUGAAUUAAUAACUGCACUUGAAGCAUCAAAAGCAAAAUCAACUGAAAUUAAAACAAAAAUGCAAGCAGCUGAACAAACAGAAAAAGAUAUUGAUAUGACUCGUGCUGAAUAUGUUCCUGUUGCUGUUAAUACACAAAUCUUAUUUUUCUGUGUAUCCGAUUUAGCUAAUGUGGAUCCUAUGUAUCAAUAUUCAUUAGAAUGGUUUACAAAUAUAUUUUUAACAAGUAUUCAAAGUGCACCACGUGCAGAUGUUUUGGAAAAACGUAUUAAAAAUAUAAAUGAUUAUUUUACAUUUAGUCUUUAUUGUAAUGUAUGUCGAAGUUUAUUUGAAAAACAUAAAUUAUUAUUUGCAUUCUUACUAACUGUACGAAUAUUAAUGAAUCAAAAGAAAAUACAAAUGGUGAGUUAA